GGCAAAGGAACGGCUCGCGCAGACAAGGGCGGAAACGCGGCGCGGUGACAGCUGGGUAAUUUCAUCCAGGAAGAAGCUCCUGCUCGGACACACAACAGACGAACCCGACGUCGAAGUAAACAAGCAGGUAUGGCAGAGUUGGUGAAUCUGGUACAGCGGCUUGAGGUUGCAGUGGGCCGCCUGGAGACUAUGUCAGGGCCCGGUAGCAGCAAUGGAGGGUCUGCUGGUGGAGUGGUAUCAGCCUACGUGGAGGCCUUUGACGAGAUCAUCAAUGGCCCUGUGACUCAGUACUACUCUUUGAGCCAGCAGAUAGGCGGGGAUGUCCUGAAACAUGCAGAAAUGAUGAAGCAGGCAUUCUCUAGUCAGAGACAACUUCUCAUCACGGCCUCCUCUGCGCAGAAGCCCUCUGAUGCGAUUUUGACCAGCCUUCUGCAGCCGGUGUCCAAAUGCAUCCAGCAGGUGCAGGCGUUCCGUGAGCAGAACCGUACGUCUAAACACUUCAACCACCUUUCCGCCAUCAGCGAGAGCGUGCCUGCCCUGGGAUGGGUUGCUAUGGACCCAAAGCCAUGCCCGUAUGUAAAAGAGAUGCAGGAUGCAGCCAUGUUCUACACCAACCGUGUGCUCAAGGAAUACAAGGAAAAGGACAAGAAGCAUGUGGACUGGGUGCGAGCAUAUGUGUCCAUCUGGACCGAAAUGCAGAGUUACAUCAAGCAGCACCACACCACCGGUCUGUCUUGGAGCAAGACCGGCCCAUUGGCAACAGCCGCUGCAGCCCCUCCCAGUGCGCCUGGCGGAUGCCCUCCCCCACCCCCUCCUGGUCCACCUCCUCCUCCAGUCAGCGAAACCUCUGGCGAAAAUGAUGCCCUCAGUCGCAACGCGUUGUUCGAUUCCAUCAACAAAGGAGCGGACAUAACCAGGGGCCUCCGGCAUGUUAAGGAUGAUCAAAAGACCCACAAGAAUCCUGAUUUAAGAUCUCAGGCGACUCCUGUCCGCACUGGACCAAAGCCCUUUAGCUCCCCUUCCUCUCGACCCUCUGCGUCGGCUACUCCGACGCGCACGCUUCCUCCUGUUUUGGAGCUGGAUGGAAAGAAGUGGAAAGUGGAGAACCAAGAGAACGCACCGAAUCUGGUGAUCAGUGACACCGAGCUGAAGCAGGUGGUUUACGCUUUCAAGUGUAAUAAGAGCACUCUGACCGUCAAGGGCAAAAUCAACUCCAUCAUUCUUGAUAACUGUAAGAAAAUGGGGUUGGUGUUUGAGAACGUUGUGGGCAUUGUUGAUAUCAUAAACUGCAAGGAUGUCAAGAUCCAGGUUCUGGGUAAGGUCCCUACCAUCUCCAUCAACAAGACUGAUGGCUGCCAUGUGUACCUGAGCAAGGACUCGCUCAAAUGUGAGAUCGUCAGCGCCAAGAGCUCCGAGAUGAACAUCCUGAUUCCCAAAAAAGAUGGCGAUUUUACGGAGCUUCCAGUUCCUGAGCAGUUCAAGACCGUCUGGGACGGCCAGAAGCUCGUUACCACGACAACCGAGAUUGCGGGAUAGAGUCGCGGCACGAGAAACGGCCGCCUGUUCUCGACACCGCACACACGCCCCUUCCACCCCCCCGCCAUCUCGCCCACCUGACUGAUACGACCCCACUCACCAGCUAACCCACACUGUAGAGGUGAGAAUCGAAUGUCAUGCGUUAACACCCGCCCCUCCUAGCCGCUCCUUCCCACAGCCAACGAGGACUGCUCACUUUUAUCGGAAGCAUUUCCUCCAGCCAAUUAGCAGGGAGCACUUUUCCAUGAGCAUCUGGAUAAUGCUACGCUUUACACCUCAGUUGGAGGGGUUGUAGUUAUCAUUUUUUCUGGGGCCAGUCAGGCAUAAUUGUCAGGAUGCUUCAUCCAUUUUCUUUAUUUUUUUUUCUACAGCGGCUUAUAUGCAAUUCAAUGAAGCACUUGUUAACAAAAUCCUCUCGGUGGUCUCUAUAUCGCACGUUGAAAAUAGACAUUGAAUAUUGUCAGCACAUUUAAAAUUGGGUUGCGUGCGCACGCCAGAUCUUCUAACCUUACAAAGAAAUUGAUCAUCUCGUUGGAAUACGACAAGAUCAUAUGCUUGUGUGCACAUUCCCGAGUAUUACAUUCCAUGUUAGGAAGAGUUGUGGCGAAGAGCAAGACGAUCCAGCCUGUUAGCUUUUGAGGCUAAGUGGUUUCUAAGAGAGAUACUUCACUCAUUAGCCAUGUUUGCACCGUUUGGCUAGCAGUCCUUUUUAUAUUGUCUCUUCCUUUAACCUUUUUUUUGGGGGGUGCAGGGUCCACAAUCUGCUCAUUAGUACUGGAGAUCAUCAUUAAAAUGUUGCAAUAACA